GAACUCCUUCUUCCAGAAAAAUGAAACAAGAAAGUGGACUUGGAUGAGUCCGGAUGGAGAAACAAAAAAUGAGAUUGACUUCUUCAUAACAGACAAAAAACUCAUUGUAGAAGAUGUGGACGUAGAGAAUGAUGUUAACAUAGGAAGUGACCAUAGACCAAUUAAGAUGAUUAUAAAAAUAGAAGAGAGAAGAAGAUUCAACAAAAAAGUCCGCACGAGACUGAGUUCAGAAGCACUAAAAAUGAAAUCAUUUGAAGAGAAAUUGGAAGAAAACCUAGCUCAUGGAAUGAAUACUGAAUGCUCCGAUAUGGAAGACAUAUCAAGUAAACUAUCUGCUAUUAUUAAAAGUACAAGUGAUACCUUGAACGACAGAGAAGGAAACAGAAGACGUCCAACUCCAAGAGAGAUAAUCAGACUUUUGGCAAAAAGGAGAAGACUGAAAACGUCUGAUAGGGAUAGAAUUGAAUUCACUGAAAUUUCUAAAUUAAUAAGGCGAAAAUGGAAAGAAUGGACAGCGCUCAAGAAAACUGAAGAAUUAGAAGACACAAUUAAAUCAAGAGGAAGUAUUAAACAAACAUUGAGAAGACAACAGCUAGGCACCAAUAUAAUGAUCUCGAUGAAAAAUGAGACUGGCGAGGAAGAGAGACAAGUGGAAGGUAUUCUCAGGACAAUCUGUAACUUCUAUGAAAAAUUAUAUAGUAUACAGGGGCCUGAAACAGACACAUCAGCAGAGUGCAGUGGAAGGAGAGAGUAACAGCUGGAUGCAGGUCAAGUAGAAAAUAGCCUUCCAAUCCUGGAAAGUGAAGUGGAGAGAGUAAUAAGCAAAUUAAAAGAAGGAAAAGCGGGAGGACCGGACAGAGUUACAAAUGAAGAAAUAAAAGCGGGAGGAAGAGCUGUAACCAGUAUACUAGUUAAGUUGUUUAAUAUAUGUCUAAAAAAUAGAAAAGUUCCUGAUUUAUGGUUGAAGGCUAACCUAAUACUACUGUAUAAAAAGGGAGACAGAAAAGAAGUAAAGAACUAUCGCCCAAUAAGUCUCCUCUGUACAAUUUACAAAGUCUUCAUUGCAAUAAUAACAUACAGAAUAGGAAGAAAUUUAGAUGCCGCAACACAGAACGAUCAGACCGGAUUCAAGAAAAAUUUCUCUACACUAGACAAUAUCUUAGUACUGCUGGAAUUGAUACGAAAGGCGAGGGAAUACAAUUUCCAAAUGGUCCUACUAUUCAUCGACUUUGAAAAAGCAUUCG